AUGGCACCACCCCCCGCGACUCACGAUCCACGACUAUCUAACGGCUCCAGCCUCUUCGAACCAUCCUGGGCCCGUGAUGCUGACAAGAGUGACAAAAAUGACCAGCAUCACUUUCAGACUGACAGGUUUCGGAAACACAACAGCUCAUCGACUGAGAUUCAGAAACUGAAGCAGGUCGAGACUUCACGAUCCACCUUUGACUUUGACGAGCAGGCACAAGCCAGAGACGCGGCUCUUUACAGAAAUGGCCAACUUAUUCUACAACCCGCACCAACGAAGGAUCCGCGAGAUCCCCUCAAUCUCCCUAUCUCUCGCAAGCUCCUAGGAACCUUCUGCCUCUGCUGUUUCGGUGCAUUGGCUGCGGCUGCUGAGCUGAUCCUGGGUGCUAUGCUCCCAGUGUUUGCUGUGGAGUACGCUGGUCUCGAUCCGAAGAUUCUCAAAGACUUGACGUCUAACGGAGGCCUCCCCGCUGGGACUGAUCCUUUGAAGAUUCUCUCCAGCUUCCCUGGGGCACCUCCAAUUUUCCACGUCUAUCUCUUGGCAUCCCUUCCCGUGUUGGUUAUCGGACUCUCCAACCUUUUCCUGGUACCGCUGGCCAUUUCAGUCGGCCGUCGUCCGGUGGUACUCAUUACCGGUGUUCUCGCCAUCAUCGGUGCCUUGUGGGCUGGAGCCAGUCGAUCUCUGCCAUCGCACUUACUGGCUCGUUGCUUGCAAGCCCUGGGCGCUGGUACUGUCGAAAGUUUGAUCCCUUUCAUCAUCCAGGAUAUGGUCUUCGUCCAUCAACGUAACGCUUGGAUCUCCGGUAUUUUCGCGGCCCAGGGUCUGAUCAUCAUCGUCCUCGGAAUCGCAGCUCCGUACAUGAUUAUCAACCUCAGUUGGAGAUGGAUGUAUUUCAUCACCGCGAUGGGCGCUGCCGUCUUCCUCGUUGGUGUCUAUUUCUUCAUGCCCGAGACGAGGUGGGACCGCACACGUGCCGAAAUGAAUGGCGUCCCCCGGGAUGAGACCGGGCACUUGCGUGAGCCUAGAACGUUUCGGUACAACAUCGCCAUGUUCCACGGCAAGAUGGAGUGGCGCAAGGGCUUUAACGCCUUCGUUGACACCCUUCGCACGUUCUUUUACCCUCAGAUUUUCUUCAUCACUAUGCUCAACAGUGUCAUGAUUGCAUGCGCCUUCGCGGCUGGAUACACCGUUGCUCCCGCUCUUCUGACAGCACCAUGGUCAUGGGAUUUCAUGAACCUUGGACUUUGCCUCCUCCCUAUCCUUGUCGCAGCCGUCGCAGUGGCAUUGGUGACUGGUAAAGCUGCUGACUGGAUGGCUAACCGCCUCGCAAUGAGGCGCGGUGUAAGAGAGCCCGAGAACCAGCUCAUCAAUCUCAUCAUCCCGACCCUCGCUGGCAUUAUCGGAGCCGUCAUUUUCGGUCUGGCCGGCUCAAACCAGGCGAACUACUCCUGGGUCACAUUCCUGACAGGCUUGGGUCUGAUGGCUUUUGGCUUCUUGGGCGCCAACUCCAUCGGCGCAGUUUACGUGUUGGAAUGUUACCCCCAUCUCGCUGGCCCUGCGCUAGUCAACAUCGCCUCUUUCAGGGCUUUGUUAGCCUUUGCACUGUCAUUCAAGAUUUCUGAUUGGGUUGUCGAAAUGGGAUACUUCCAUUCGAUGAUGAUCUAUACCGGGCUGAUCGCCGCGUUCGCUGUAUUCAUUCCGGUGGUUUACUUUUUCGGACCAGCGUGGAGGAGGCGAUGGCCGGCGACUCACUUUGGCGACAAGUAG